AUGCCUCGGAUCGAUACGACACACGACAUGGCCAAUGCCAGCGAUACACACCCGAACAAUCUGAUCUAUAUGAAGCGCCCAUCAUACCUCCCCAAGUCUGCCCUCAUCUUCCCCAUCCUCCUCAACCUCCUUUCCAGAUCCUGUUGUUGUCCCUGUUGCUGUUGCUCUGAUACCGGUAAUGCUGCCGGUCCAGGCACGUACUCCCUCCCUUGUCCUUGCAACAUCAUCAAUGUCGUCGUCGUCGUCUGUCCUGAUACCGAGAUCCGUCUCUGCUGCUGCCCCCUGUCAUAG